CGCUGCGGAAUAUAAAAAAACGCAAAACCUAUUUAAGCGGACCCUGCUCCUUCAACCCCAACUCCUUUGAAACUUUGCUUUACUGCUUUUUUUCUCUCUAUUCCUUCGACAAAACUCAAGUAAAACGAAAAUGUCUGCGGCUACGUUCACUCCCUGGUCAAGCACGUCGUGGAGUUCUGACUCGUCUUCAGCGCAAUUCCACAAUGACAACUUUACAUUCUCGAGCAGCUACAGCAGUACCAGCAACAGCAGUACCAGCGACGAUGAUAUGACUGCCGACGAUCAAUGCCAUGGUCUGGACUCAGAGGAUUGGAAAAAGGCACUUUUACACGUUCGUCAGCAAAUGUACAGCACCACCAGCGUUGCCGUACCUUCACCAGCCAUCUACUUUGAGCAAAUGAAUUUGCUACCGCCACGCGGUGCCGACUGUCUUGGCCGAGAUAUUGCGAUUCGGGAAGUCAAUCUCAACACCAGCGUCUCAGAUAUUGGCACAUACCGCCAACAUCGAUCUGACAAUUUGGUCUUUCGAAUGUUUCACUGUAACCACUUUGAGCUGGACAAGUCCACCAUCAUCCCCCUCGGCAAGGGCAUGUAUAUCCGUACUGAAUGGCAGUCGUCACAGCCACUGCAGCCCACGUUUAUGCCGUCACCACAGUCGCAGUCAGCAGAUGAAUUCGAGAGGCUGUUGUACUCGCUCCAGUUACCCAUCCAGCAAAACACCUUCGUCCCUUACUGCUACACAUUCGGCGUACGGUUCGCCGACGCGCUUGGCUACGCAAGUGAUGUUUUGAUUCGCGGGCGACUCCCACUGUGGUGCCAGACACUCUUCCUAUCUGAGUGUGCCAAGCAGAUGCCCAUCCGCCCCAACGAGACGCGUACAGGCUUGUUUGUGUUUGCACCCGAAGUUGCGGUUACGUUCCAAUCCCUCGCGAAUGCGCCACUGACAGAGGAAUUAUCCCCCGAAUUGACACUGUGCUACGAACGCUUAGCAAUGGAGCUGAGUGACCCGGAGCUGCUGUUUGCAGAUGGUAGUCCGGACCUUGAGACAGAAUGGGAGGAUCGUAAACAAAGGGUAAUACAGCGGAUGGUUUACUGCGACAUCCCAGACGAUAUGGCGCAGGUGCUCACCGAUAUGGCCACUGCUUGGGCGUGUGCUCAAGGAAUCAUGCUAUGAGUUUCUUCUUCCUCACUCUCUCUCUCUCUCCCUCUCUCUUUACGAUUCAUGCUGAUAUGAGCUCUUUUCACUUGUCACAAACACUCUCUAUAUACGAUUCCAAUUAUCAUUUUCACAUCAUUCUUCCCAUCCAUCAUUCUAUCGCUUUCAUUUCCCUUUUCGCCAUAAUACUCUCUACUACAUACUCAUGCACCCAACGCUUGCCACUUAUGUCAUUCUGAAAUCCUGUAACUAGUCAUUUUCUUUCUUUCGCAUCUUGUACUUUGUUUCUCUUGCUUUACCCAUAUAUUCUUUUCUUGCCUGUGUUUUUUUCCAUUGCAUCAUCGUUUUGUAUAUUAAUCUUUUUCCAAACGCUAAUAUACCAAUCUAUAUAUAAAUGGCUUCUAUGACAUAUACCCCAGAAAUAGUAUGAUUUAUAAGUGCUUGGACAAGGGGCAGUGCUAUAUAUGGAAUACCG